ACUACUUGUAUUUUCUCUCGGACAACAAACAUCAAAAAAAGAACACAAAUGCCGUAAUCUCUUCCAUUAUCUCCGGGUCCGAAUCCUGUAUUCCGUCGACUGGAGUCUACAAAAAUUCGAGCAAACUUUGGGAUAUAAUCCUAAAUGAUUAGCACCUGAACCCACCUCCCUCCAUAGUAAUUCCUUUUAUCCGCUACACCUCUGCCUCCUCAACUUCUCCGUUUUAAACCUCACAGCUACAGGAUAAACUGUAUAGGUUUUGUUCUAGAAGGAAUUGGGGUUUGUUGAUGGGUGCUCCUAAGCAAAAGUGGACAGCAGAAGAAGAAGCAGCUCUUAAAGCAGGAGUCAUUAAACACGGGGCAGGCAAAUGGCGGACGAUACUAACGGACCCAGAGUUCAGUGGCAUCUUACAUUUACGUUCAAAUGUGGAUCUCAAGGAUAAAUGGAGAAAUAUAAAUGUGACGGCGAUAUGGGGCUCCAGGCAGAAGGCCAAACUUGCACUUAAAAGGGAUCUACCAAUCCCCAAGCUUGAUGAUAACCCUAAGUCUCUGAGCACUAUACCUCAGAAUGAUGUUGAAACUGUUGAUGCUAAGCCUCUUGCAAUUUCUAGAGGAACAUUGCAGGCUGUUGAUUCGAAGGAACCAUUUGCAAGGUUGGAUAAGCUUAUAUUAGAGGCUAUUACCAAUUUGAAGGAGCCAAGGGGUUCUGACAGGGCUGCAAUUGCUUUGUACAUAGAGGAACGAUACUGGGCACCGUCAAAUCUAAGAAAACUAUUGUCCACGAAGUUGAAGCAUAUGACAGCUAAUGGAAGAUUGAUUAAGAUAAAACACAAGUACAAAAUGGCACCAAGUUUGACAUCUGAAAAAAGAAGAAGCUCUUCCUUUUUACUCCUGGAGGAAAGGCAGAAGGAUUCUUUAGAGGCAGAAAAGAGAGAAAUCAACAUUCUUACAAAAGCUCAAGUCGAUGCAGAGCUGUCAGAAAUGAAGGGUAUGACUGCACAAGAGGCUGCUGCAGCUGCUGCACAAGCUGUUGCAGAAGCAGAAGCUGCUAUUGCUGAGGCUGAAAAGGCUGCAAGGGAGGCAGACGCAGCGGAAGCUGAAGCAGAAGCAGCACAAGUUUUUGCCAAAGCAGCAAUGAAGGCAUUGAAAUGUGGAACACUUCGUGCUUGAUGUUGGGAAACUCACAUAUGGGUAUUGAGAUCAUUGAAACAGGAACCAUACGUUGGGCUCGGCAUCAUCCCGUGCUGCUCUGUAAUCUGCCGAUAUGUCUAUAUCUGUAUAGGCUAGGAUUGUAAAUGUGGGAAAUGAGAGAUUGAUCUUUGACUUGUGUUUGCAUUUUUUGGGGAUCACUUCAUUAGGAGCUUAUAGAUUUUUCCAAAUAUUAUUACUAAAGGAUGAUCGUAAAAGAUGACCUUAAGAAAUACAUAUAGGGACUUCGGGUGCCAAGUUAGAGAUGUAAUCCAGAUGUCCUCGAGACUCAUUUUGACAAUGGAAGAGUACAAGAAGAUACGAAUCAUUUUCAUGAUUUGUAUUUAGAAAGUUUUGUGUUCGUGGCUUACCAAAUAAAAGCCUUGUCAUCAACUAUUGUCUGUGCACACAUUCAAA